AUGGCUUUGAUAAGCUUGUUUGAAAUCUCCAUUGCUUUCUUUUGCUUUUUCCUCUUUCGAUAUUUUUUGAUCAUCAAGAAACCUCACCGUUUGUGUCCCACAAACUGGCCGUUCCUCGGUAUGAUUCCAGGUUUGCUCGUCGAAAUCCAUCGUGUUUACGACUUCGUAACCGAUAUUCUCGAGGUCACGAACUUAACUUAUCCUUGCAUAGGCCCGUGUUUUGCGGGCCUCGACAUGUUGGUCACGGUUGAUCCUGCUAACAUCCACCACAUCAUGAGCUCAAAUUUCUCAAAUUACCCGAAAGGACCCGAAUUCAAGAAGCUUUUCGACGUUUUGGGAGAUGGGAUUUUCAACGCGGAUUCGGAGUUGUGGAAGGAUCUCAGGAAAUCAGCUCAAAGCAUGAUGAUGAAUCCCGAGUUUCAAAGGUUUUCAUUAGCUACAAGCUUGAGUAAGCUAGAGAAAGGGCUUGUCCCACUUCUUGACCAUGUUGCUAACGAGAAACUCGUUGUGGACUUGGAAGAUGUUUUCUCAAGAUUCACGUUCGACACCACGUGUGUUCUAGCGACCGGGUAUGAUCCAGGUUGUCUCUCGGUUGAAAUGCCAGAAAUCGAGUUUGCAAGAGCUUUAGACGACGCAGAGGAAGCGAUAUUCUUCAGACAUAUCAAGCCGGAGAUCUUGUGGAAGAUGCAAAGCUUGAUUGGUUUAGGAGAUGAGAAGAAGAUGACGAAAGCUCGCGCGACUUUUGAUCGUGUUUGCUCCAAGUACAUUGCUUCAAAGAGAGAUGAGAUAAGCCGUGGGAUUAGCAAUGUUGAUUCUCCUUCUCAAGAUUUGCUAACGUCUUACAUGAAUUUGGACACGACCAAGUACAGGUUGUUGAAUCCAAGUGAUGAAAGAUUCCUCAGAGACACGAUCUUGACCUUCAUGUUGGCGGGUAGAGACACGACAGGCUCAGCACUCACUUGGUUCCUCUGGCUUCUAUGUAAGAACCAAGAUGCCAUAGCCAAGAUUCGUCAAGAAAUCAACGCAAAUCUGUUUGCAGAAACCAAGACUGAGCAUGCUUCUAACUCUGAUGAGGUUUCUGAUUCAUUCAAUCCCCAAGAGUUAAAGAAGUUGGUGUUUCUACAUGGUGCGAUUUGUGAGGCCCUCAGACUCUAUCCACCUGUUCCCUUCCAACACAAGUCUCCUACUAAAACUGACGUUCUUCCAAGCGGCCACAAAGUCGAUGCCAACUCGAAGAUUUUGUUCUGUCUCUACUCAUUAGGGAGAAUGAAAUCGGUUUGGGGAGAAGAUGCAUUGGAAUUUAAACCGGAGAGAUGGAUCUCUGAGAGUGGGAAGCCGGUACAUGAGCCGUCUUAUAAGUUCUUAUCAUUUAACGCCGGUCCAAGAACAUGUUUGGGAAAAGAAGUGGCUUUGAUGCAAAUGAAGAGUGUGGCUGUGAAAAUCAUACAAAACUAUGAGAUGAAGAUCGUUGAAGGGCAAACAAUCGAGCCAGCUCCUUCUGUUAUACUUCACAUGAAGCAUGGUUUUAAAGUCACCGUUUCUAAGAGAUGUUAGUUACUGUAGAUGCUUCAUUUGUCCUCUGACUCUCUAAGGAGUAUGGAAAUUUCAUGUCAGUUUGAAAGCGGUUUAUCCAAUAAAAUAAAUAUUCAAAAAACUUUAAUAUAA